UAGAUAGUUCUAAACGGGUGAAUUGAACGUAGAGGGGCAAGGCGCGUAGAGGUAGUUGGCAAAAGGAAUACGACGCUAACCAUACACUAGCCGGCCACCUACCAACCCCUCAACAUGUCAGUCAUAUCUCCCAAUAAUAAAAGCAGGCAGAGAUUUCACCCUUUAUUUGGCAAUUACUAUUAACCAGCUUCUCGUUAUCAGCACACUAUCUCUCUCUCUCUCUCUCUCUCUCUCUCUCUAGCCAAACAAGGGGUACCCUGAGAUCACAUACAAAAAUGGUGAAGGCUGUCGCCGUCCUUAGCAGCAGUGAAUGUGUUAGUGGCACCAUCCUCUUCAGUCAAGAUGGAGAUGCUCCAACCACAGUUACCGGAAAUGUCUCUGGCCUAAAACCUGGACUUCAUGGCUUCCAUGUACAUGCCCUUGGUGAUACCACAAAUGGCUGCAUGUCAACAGGACCACAUUACAAUCCUGCUGGUAAGGAACAUGGUGCUCCUGAAGAUGAGAACCGUCAUGCUGGUGAUCUUGGUAACAUCACAGUUGGAGAAGAUGGUACUGCUUCUUUUACUAUUACCGACGAGCAGAUUCCUCUCACUGGUCCACAAUCCAUCAUUGGAAGAGCUGUAGUUGUUCAUGCUGAUCCUGAUGAUCUUGGAAAGGGUAAUUGCUGUCUCGAAAUUCAAGUGGGAAGGGAAGUGUGCAGUCCUGUAUGAUGGUAAAUCUCCUUGAAGAAUUAGGAUGUGAUCUCUAUAUACACACCCUCUAGGAAUGAAUAGGUGUUAAAUUGUUUUUUUGAUUGCCGAUGUUGAAUGUAAAUUGAUUUUAGCCCGAAAUAGGGAUGUGUGAUUGAUUGAAAGAAAGGUGGAUUGAAAGAACUAAUGAGAAGAAUAUAUUACAAAGAUAAGCUUUUGAGUGCUCUUUUUGCUUACUGUUUAGUCAUUGCGAGGCCUUUGGUUUAUCCAUCUAAAAUUACUAUUAAAUCCUUCGGGGUUGAGGCUGGAUUAAGACCUAUAGGUUAUCCUUUUAAUGUGUGUGCUCGGAGUGGUUGGACUGCAAGAAGGAUGUUCCUUAUUUUGCAGAUCGCGAGGCCGCAAAUGCAAAUAUUUGAAGACGAUGAUCUGCAUUAGCAAGUAUCAAUUUGUUUCCUACCAUAGAAGGUAGGGAAGUGGACUAUAGUUGCAGUAAAUAUAGUGGGCAUACAAUGAUAUUAUGAGAUUAGGAUAAAGAAACCUGGUGCCUGGUGUAGGAACAUCAAAACUACGGAAUAAAAGGAGGACAGGAUUGGAAUAUAAAUUCUUUUAAACACAUAUUUGAAACCCUCUAUCACGUAAUCUGGCAUAAAAUUUGUUUUCCUGCUGUUUUAGGUGGACAUGAGCUCAG